UGGGCGGUGCGCUGUCCCGAGUAGGCUUCCGUACCGGUCUGUUUGUGCCAUGUGAGCUGGGAGCAGAUGCGAUGGAGGCUGCGUGUGUCAUAUUGAUGUUAUGGGUUGAUUUAUAAAAGCCACCAGCACAGGUUUCUAACAACAUAAUGGCAGAAGGUCUUCCCAAUGAUGCCAAGGGGGCAGUGUUGAUGCCCAGUGACUCCCUACCAGAGGGCUCUGUUCAGGUCAGAGGAUAUGAUUUUAAUCGUGGAGUCAACUAUGAAGCUUUGUUGCAGAGCUACCUGACCACAGGCUUCCAGGCCACACACUUUGGGCAAUCGGUCAAGGAGAUCAACAACAUGAUAGAGGCUAAGUUGGCAUCUCCCGGAGGCUGCACCAUCUUUCUCGGAUACACAUCGAAUCUGAUCAGCUCUGGAGUACGAGAAACUAUACGGUAUCUGGUGGAGCACAGCAUGGUUGAUAUUGUAGUCACUACAGCUGGGGGUAUUGAAGAGGAUCUGAUUAAAUGUCUGGCACCGACUUACCUGGGAGACUUUAGCUUGAAGGGGGCAGACCUAAGGCCUCGGGGCAUUAACCGGAUCGGGAAUCUCUUGGUUCCCAACAAUAAUUACUGUUUAUUUGAGGACUGGGUCACCCCAAUACUGGAUCAGAUGGUGUUGGAGCAAGAUACAGAGGGCACCAAGUGGACUCCCUCCAAGAUGAUCGCACGUUUAGGAAAGGAGAUCAACCACCCAGACUCUGUGUAUUACUGGGCCUAUAAGAACAACAUCCCAGUGUUCAGUCCUGCUCUGACGGAUGGAUCACUUGGAGACAUGAUGUAUUUUCACUCAUACAAAAACCCUGGCCUCAAACUUGACAUUGUUGAGGAUAUACGGAAGUUGAACUCCCAAGUCAUCUUUGCGAAGAAGACAGGGAUGAUUAUUUUGGGUGGGGGACUUAUCAAGCAUCACAUCUGCAAUGCUAACCUCAUGAGGAAUGGAGCAGAUUAUGCAGUUUAUGUAAAUACGGCUCAGGAGUUUGAUGGUUCGGAUGCCGGUGCGAGGCCGGAUGAAGCCGUGUCAUGGGGCAAAAUCCGUAUGGAAGCGAAACCUGUCAAGAUCUAUGCUGAUGCCUCUCUGGUCUUCCCUUUACUCGUGGCUCAGACUUUUGCACAGAAACAGGCAGAUUUCCCUGCUAAAAAGCAAGAAGAGGACUGACCCCCUAAAGCUUUAUAGCCAGUGCCAUCUGUCUUGGCAAUCCCCUGCUUGUCAGUUCAUACAAACUGUGUGUGAUCUGCCCCCUGGCACCCAGCCACAUCUUCUGGAGCCUGUACGCCUGCAUUUCUAGGAUGUGUGUACAUUAGUAUGAGUGCAAUAAUAAUGUACCAUAUAAGCUUCAUUUGUACAUACACUAGGCAAGUAUAUGUAGGGGGGUGGGUAAUUAUUUAAUUUUCUUGCCUGUUGUAAUAUGUAUUUUAUGGUGUAUAUUUAAGUUUUAUUUUUGUGAAGGAAGGUGUGAAUACAGUGACCCUACCAAACUCGCCAAGCAGACGUUAAGGAACGAAAUAAAAAAAAGUUUUCAACAGAAA